GUACAAUCUUUGAUGGCGAGGACGGUGGCCCGUUCCAUUGGCCGGUCGGAAUAUUCUGUAGCCAACAGAAACUCCCGGCCCACCUUCUCGGUUGAAACUCCACGGCUUCGGGAUGUACCUCGACUAUGUCCGUAGACGCCUGAGACAGAGAGGGGCUAUGAUUGUGGAUUGGGAGCUGUGGCUUUUUUUGGGCAUGAAGAAAGAGCUGGGAAGCUGGGAGGGACUGGAGUCGGGUUUGGAUAAAUAGAUUGGCAGUCCCAGGACCUUGGAGCCGUUGUUGUAUUUGAUAUCCCAAACACACAACAAGCAACGUUGACACUGCUCGAUUCCACAUCAACCUCCACAACUCCACCACCACAUCAACUACCUUUCCAUCACCAAACACAACCAUCCAACAUGUCUGGCCAGCGUGAGAGCGUCCAAACCUACUGGGUCAACGGCUCGACCGAGAUCUCCAAGAGGGCUUCCGACCUCGCCUCGGCCUCCACCAUCUCCGGCGAGCAGAUCUUCGAGUCCAAGGGCAACGCUGGCGAGUUCGUGGUCCAGGGGGCCCAGAGCGUCCAGUUCUGGACCGGAUCCGUGCGAAGCGGCGAGAACUACAUCGGCGAUACCAAGGGUGACGGUGUCGUUUUCCUCAAGGAGGGCAUCCAGAUGGUUGUCAAGGGCGGCAAGGUCCUUGGACCUCUCCCUGCCGGUACCCUGCACAGAUGUAAUACACCCCCUCGGUCCCGAUCCCCAACACAUCGCAUCGUCCAUGUUUCUACUUCAAGUUCCUGUACUGCACAACGCCCACCACACCUUCCCCGGUCGUUGUCGGCCAACAACAACAACAACACCAGCUCCAGUUACCGGCUCGCUUCCGGUUCUGAGAGACGAGUUAGCGGUAGCGGCGGAGGUCAUGGUACUGCGCAUCAUGAUGCUGUUGUUGGCUCGGGCGUCCGCUACGUUUCGGGGACAAGCCAUGCUCUUCCUCCCACAAACACACAUACCACCACCACUCCUCCAAAGUUGCCUCGUUCGGCUUCCUACCAUCCUCAUGUCCCGCCUACUAACACCUUUCCCAGCGUGAGCGUGUCCCGCGAAUGCCGUCAGUGCCUAGAGCAGCAGCAGCGACGUCGUGAGAGCCAUUCCCGUGACUGCCACCACCACGCAACAUAUCAACCUGCCCCCUACGCGGCAACAUACCAGAAGCGUCAUGACGGCGACACCUUUAGCACUGCGCCGACCUAUCUUCCCAGCGGGCCGGCCGAGCGCGACUGGCUGGAUGACGACAGCAUAGCGCCCUCAGACAGCAUCAGCCAAGUCCCCCCUUACCCGAACGGGUAUCCUUCGGGACAUGCGCCUCAUGUUUCGAGUCGUCGUUAAUUUGGUUGUUGUUGAUGAUGUUUGCUUUUGCUGCUGUUAAUACCUAGAAGCGACGGCGUGGGAGCAAUCUCGAUUUCUUUUUUUUUUUUUUCCAACUUGUGUGUCAUUUUGGGAUAUACACCUUUUGGGCAUUUCUCUUUUCCUUUUAUUUUUUUUCUUCAUGUUCUUACGUCUGGGCGGUUUUUACGAAACAUGGAUUGGUCACUCUUCUCUCUCUCCGCUAGAGCAGCUACAGAGAUUGGGUGAUUCAACAUUCGUACAAUAAGAGCAAUUGGGAGGGUUAGCAUUUGGAAUUUUUACAGCAGAUACACACACCUGAUAGAGAUACACAAUUUGAAUCCCUCCAAACCAAUU